GGGAGGCAUCUGCAGGGUAGAGCUGAGCACACAGCAGGUCUCCAUGGCCAGAGGCAGGCAAUGUCCAACAGCAGCUCCAUCAGCCAAUUCCUCCUCCUGCCAUUCGCAGGCACACAACAGAUGCAGCUGCUGCACUUCUGCCUCUUCCUGGCCACCUACCUGACUGCCCUCCUGGGCAACAGCCUCAUCAUCGCCACCAUCGCCUGGCACCACCACCUGCACACCCCCAUGUACUUCUUCCUCAUGAACCUCGCCCUCCUUGACCUGGGAGCCAUCUCCACCACUGUGCCAAAAUCCAUAGUAAAUUCCCUGAGGGACACCAGGGACAUCUCCUAUGCAGGAUGUGCUGCUCAGGUCUUUCUGUUUGUCUUUUUCAUGUCAGCAGAGUUUUUUCUCCUCACCAUCAUGGCCUACGACCGCUACGUUGCCAUCUGCAGACCCCUGUACUAUGGCACCCUCCUGGGCAGCAGAGCUUGUGCCCACAUGGCAGCAGCUGCUUGGGCCUCUGCAGUUCUUAAUGCUCUGCUGCACACAGCCAAUACCUUUUCCCUGCCCCUCUGCGAGGGCAAUGCUGUGGCCCAGUUCUUCUGUGAAGUCCCCCAGAUCCUCAAGCUCUCCUGCUCCAGAGCCUACCUCAGGGAAGUUUGGCUUACUGUGGUCAGUGCCUGCUUAUUAUUUGGCUGCUUUGUGUUCAUUGUGGUGUCCUAUGUGCAGAUCUUCAGGGCAGUGCUGAGGAUACCCUCUGAGCAGGGACGCCACAAAGCCUUUGCCACCUGCCUCCCUCACCUGGCUGUGGUCUCCCUCUUUAUCAGCACUGGAUUUUUUGCCAACCUGAAGCCUUCCUCCAUCUUCUCCCCAUCCCUGGAUCUGGUUGUUUCAGUUCUGUACUCUGUGGUGCCUCCAGCAGUGAACCCUCUCAUCUAUAGCCUGAGGAACCAGGAGCUGAAGACUGCCCUGAGCAAACUGCUCACUGGAUGGUUUCAAAAGCAAUAAACUUUUUGUCUUCUGCUGCAGAGCAGCUCUGGUGUCACUCUGCGUAGGCCCAGCCUAGCUGCUCUAAUUCUGGCUUCUGCUGGUGGUGUUACCCUUGUUAUAAUAUUGUUCCCACAGAAAUAUCUUUCUUCAGACCACUUCUGGUUCAGUUUUGAUCUGUCUGGUGUGACCCAGAGGCUUCAGACAUGAGGAGCUGUACUCCCUGUGUGCUCAACACAAGACAGGACUCUGCAGGAACUUGUUUCUCUGAGCUCCUACCUCCAAGCCCUCCUUGGAGCUGCAGGGCAGUGCCUGUGCACAGAGGUGGUGGGGCAGAGUUCUCAGCACAGCAGCAGUGCCAGGGUGCCCCAGUGCCUGGGUGUCAUGGAAGGGUAUUCUGCUGCCUACACUGACUUUGGCGGAGGGGAGAAAUUAAUUGGUGCGAGAUAAUAUUCUAUAAAAUAUGUAUUUAU